AUGAAGAACCCUGUUGAGUAUCGGCUCCAAGGAAGCGAUGGUUGCUUCAAAUGGUCAUGGGAUCAUCACGAUAUUCUCUCGGUUAUGCCUGAGUUUAAUUCGAGCAGUCACUGUUCGACCAGCGCCCGUCUUAGAUCGAUUUCUCCGUACAGUGGUAGAAAGGAGACUGCAGUUUAUGCCACAGAUAUACAGACAGGGAUGGUGAUUCGCUGCAAGGUGUUUAUUGACAACUUCUCACGGAUCCAGAUUUUUCAUAAUUCUAUCAAGCUUGAUCUUGAUGGACUCUCCAUGCUUAGAGUCCGCGCUUUUGAUAGUGAAGAGAAUGAGUUCUCCUCACUGGUGGGUCUACAAUUCAUGUGGAAGCUAACGCCUGAAAACGGUGGAUCAACACAUCAUCUUGCUCAUGUUCCUUUGAAGGAAUCUCCAUUGACCGACUGUGGGGGACUGUGUGGCUACUUGGAUAUCCAGAAAAAGCUUGAGGAUAGUGGGGUAUUUUCAGAUUUGUUUGUGGUGAAGGGAACCAAAAUUGGUCAUGAGAAGGUUUCAGUUCAUCUGCUUGAGGCUCCUCUUACCCAUAUAGCUGAUGAAAUAGUGCUAACGGUAGCAGAGGCCAUGUCACUUGAACCUCGUUCACCAGUUUAUGUCCUUAUGGGAGCUUCUUUCAGUUACACAUUGAAGGUCAUGCGUGGGAAUGUUCCUCAAGCUGUGCAUCUACCAUCAUCACAUCACAGAUGGUCUGUGUUGAACUCUUCUGUUGCUCAAGUGGAUCCUUUGAUAGGUCUGACUAAAGCAGUAAGCUUGGGGGUAACAACCGUUGUUGUUGAGGAUACCCGGGUUGCUGGCCACAUUCAAGGAUCAUCUAUCAAUGUUGUCACUCCAGAUACUUUUAUAUUGUACAUAUCACCUUGGUCAAUGUCAGGGGAUCCUAUUACAGAAUCAAAACCUUUUCCAUCGUCUAUGCAUUGGUAUGUGGUGUCUGGUCGACAAUAUCUAAUUCAAAUGAAGAUUUUCUCUGGGAGACCUGAUGCGCAUGAGAUCUAUAUUACUGAGACGGAUGAUGUCAAACUGUAUGGAGACAAUUCAGAUUAUUGGAAAAUCGUCUCACUGCCAGAUGAUCUUUCCUCUGAAUAUGGUUGGCGAAAUUCUAGAAUUUUGAAAGCAAUCUCACCAGGAUUAGGAGACCUUACAGCUACAUUGACUUACUUCAAUGGGCAUCAGGACUCAAAAGAGGUUCUCAAGGUUGUUCAAGAAAUUAUGGUUUGUGAAAAAGUGCAGUUUACAUUGAACAGUGAAGAUGACACACCUAAAAUUCUACUCCCUUGGACCCCUGCUGUUUAUCAGGAGAUGGAGCUAAUUGUGACUGGAGGUUGUGCAAAAGCAUCGAGUGACUACAAGUGGUUUACUUCAGAUAUGAGCAUUUUGUCCGUGUCAGCUUAUGGAAUUAUCCAAGCAAAGAGGCCUGGAAUAGCCACUGUAAAGGUGGUGUCAACUUUCGAUUCACAAAAUUUCGAUGAGGUCAUUGUUGAAGUUUCCGUUCCAUCCUCUAUGGUUAUGUUGCAAAACUUUCCAGUAGAGGCAGUUGUUGGAACACACCUGCAAGCAGCUGUCACAAUGAAGACUUCAAAUGGUGCCUCGUUCUCUAAAUGUGAUGCUUUUAAUUCAUUGAUAAAGUGGAAGACAGCGAGUGACUCAUUUGUUAUUGUUAAUGCAACAUCUGAGAUGAUGAUGUUGGAUGAACUAAGAAGCACGAACUCCAGUCCUCCUUGUUCACGGGCUUAUAUAUAUUCUUCAUCUCCUGGCCGCACAGUGCUUCAAGCAACUCUGGCAAAAGAGUUCCAUUAUUUUGAUAAGUCUUUGAGUGAAUCAAUUGAUUUAAAAGCAACUUUAAGUAUCGGGGCCUAUCUGCCACUUUCUGUCAGACAGGAUAGUGACGGGAAUCAUCAUGGUGGCUAUUGGUUUGAUAAGACGCAAGAAGAACCCGAUACUGGGGUUAGUAAGUUAUAUCUUGUACCUGGGACAUAUGUUGACGUUAUGCUUCUUGGGGGACCUGAAAGGUGGAGUGACAAUGUUGAGUUCACCGAGAGUGUGAAUGAAGAUGAGGACGACCUUACAAGUGGAGUUUACGUCCAUCAUAACUUCCAUGCUAACGUGUAUAGAAUUUCGUGCCAGGCGCUUGGUUCUUAUAAACUGGUAUUCUUGCGUGGAAAUCUGGUGGGGAUGGACCAUCCUUUACCUGCAGUGGCAGAAGCUUUCUUAUCUGUUCAAUGCAGCUUACCAUCCUCUGUUGUGCUCAUAGUUGAUGAACCUGUUAAUAAGCUUGAUGUGGUAAGAGCUGUUAGUCAAGCUGACAGGGCACCAGGACGACUUCGUGUAACUCCAGUGACUGUGGCAAAUGGGCAAAUAAUUCGAGUGGCUGCUGUUGGUAUCAGCAACUCUGGUGAAGCUUUUUCAAACUCCUCAACUCUUUCUCUGAGGUGGGAACUGAGCAGUUGCAACAACUUGGCAUACUGGGACGAUGAUUAUAAUUCAAAAAUGACAAAGUCUAGCUGGGAGAGAUUUUUGGCUCUUCGUAAUGAAUCAGGAUUGUGCACUGUCCGUGCCACAGUUUCUGGUUUUGAUCAUUCUGUAAAAAGCCAAUACUCAUCUCUGCUUCCAGAAGGUUCUGAAAGUACUCUCACAGAUGCUGUACGCUUACAGUUGGUUUCCACACUAAGAGUCACACCAGAGUUCAACCUGGUCUUUUUCAAUCCAAGUGCCAAGGUUAAUUUGUCAAUGACUGGAGGAAGCUGUUUGUGGGAAGCAGUUGUGAAUGAUACCAGUGUAGCAGAAGUUAUUCGACCCCCGUCUGGCCUGCAAUGCUCGCAGAUGAUGCUGUCUCCAAAAGGGUUGGGGAUUACACUCGUGACAGUAUACGAUAUUGGGGUUUCGCCUCCACUUUCAGCUCUUGCGGUGAUUAAAGUUGCAGAUGUGGACUGGAUAAAAAUAGCAUCUGGGGACGGGAUAAGUAUAAUGGAAGGAAGUACACACUUCAUUGAUUUAUUGACCGGAAUUGACGACGAGACGACCUUUGAUUCUUCCCAGUACCCAUUUAUGGACAUUAUGGUGCAUAUUGAGGAUGAUCUUGUGGAGCAUGUCAAUAUCGAUGAUAAUUCACUUUCUGUUGGUGAACACGUGUCAACUUCUUCUUUUAAAAUAGCUGCUAGACGCCUGGGAAUCACAACCCUAUAUGUCAGCGCAAGACAACAGUCAGGAGAUAAAGUACUGAGCCAAACUAUAAAAGUGGAAGUUUAUUCCCCGCCAAAACUUCACCCACAAGGACUAUUUCUUGUUCCUGGUGCUUCUUACGUGCUCACUGUUGAAGGAGGCCCAACCAUGAAUGUUUCUGUUGACUACACCACUAUCGAUAACCAAGUUGCAAAGAUUGAAAAAUCAGGACGACUCUAUGCGACAUCCCCCGGUAACACGACAAUCUAUGCAACAAUAUACGGGAGUGAAGGUACUGUAGUUUGUCAGGCAGUUGGAAAUGCCGAAGUAGGACUUCCUGCUGCUGCAAUGCUGAUAGCUCAAAGUGACACUGUGGCCGUUGGCCAUGAAAUGCCUAUAUUCCCAUCAUUUUCUAAGGGAGAUCUUUUGGCUUUUUAUGAGCUCUGCCGAGCAUACAAGUGGACUAUCGAAGAUGAGGAGGUGUUAAGUUUCCAUUUAUCCUCCAUUGACGUGGAAGAGAAUGCUGGCUUUCUCAAUGUCGUCCAAGGAAGAUCAGCUGGAAAGACCAAAGUCAGGAUUGCGUUCUCAUGUGAUUUCGUGUCUCCUGGCUUGUACUCUGAAUCUAGAACGUAUGAAGCGUCAGUGAUUUUAUCUGUUGUGCCUGAUCUCCCACUUUCUCUUGGGGUUCCUAUGACCUGGGUUCUUCCGCCUUUUUAUACGUCAUCUAGUCUAUUGCCGUCAUCUUCUGAGCCACAGAAGCACAGGGAUAGUCAAAGUCACAGAGGCAAUAUAGUCUAUUCCAUAUUGAAAGACUGUAGUUCUCGGGCUGAUUUUGAUCGAGAUACCAUAUCAAUUAAUGGCGGAAGUCUCAAAACAACAGAUAGCAACAAUGUUGCAUGUAUUCAAGCCAAAGACCGCACGACUGGAAGGAUUGAGAUUGCUACUUGUGUGAGGGUUGCAGAGGUUGCUCAAAUAAGAAUGAAGAGUGAGGGGGUCCCUUUCCACGUGGUAGAUCUUGCUGUUGGUGGUGAACUUGAACUUCCAAUAAAUUACUAUGACAGUUUAGGGAUCGUCUUUCUUGAAGCACAUGGUGUGACUACAUACAAUGUUGAAACCAAUCAUCGUGAUGUUGUAUCCAUCAAGACUGUCAAUAACCAAACAAGUAUCUACAUUAAGGGAAUAAAACAUGGUAAAGCUCUUAUUCGGGUCUCCAUUAGCGGUUAUCUCAGGAAAGCAGACUACAUUCUGGUUUCAGUUGGGGCACAUAUUUAUCCUCAAAACCCAGUCAUUCACACUGGAAGUUCUUUAACUUUCAGCAUUGCAGGGGCAGAUCAUCAAGUCUCUGGUCAAUGGGUUACAUCAAACAAAAGUGUUCUAUCCAUCAAUGUGGCAUCUGGCCAAGCUAAAGCGAUCAGCCAAGGCUCAGCUCACGUUACAUUUGAAGGUCAUGGUUUGAAACUACAAACAAAAGUCACAGUGCUACUUGGAAACACAAUUUAUGUUGACUCUCCUGGAGAAACACUGACAAAUGUCCACAUCCCUAAAGAAGGAUAUAACUUUCCUGUGAAAUUCAGGGAGAACAAGGUUGUAGUCUCUGAAAAUGGAAACAAGGGCACGCUUAACUGCCAAGUAGACCCUCCGUUUAUAGGAUACGCAAAGCCAUGGAUGGAUCUUGAUACCGGCAACACUUAUUGCCUUUUCUUCCCAUAUUCACCAGAGCAUCUGGUUCACUCAAUGUCUACAUCAAGAGACAUGAAAUCUCAUGUGUCCUUCUCCAUUAAUGCUUCACUCAAAGAAGCUCGUCAUGUUUCGGGCUCUGCAUCUGCACUUCUUAUUGGAGGGUUUUCUGUAACAGGGCCAAACAAGCUGAAUAUAAACCCGGAUUCUAACAAGACCAUCAUUUCGAUACUGGGGAACACAGAUGUUCAAAUUCAGUGGCGCAACAAAGGUAGGUUAUCAAUCAGCUUGAUCAAGAGAGAAGAUUAUGGUAUCGCGGGGCGUGCUCUAUAUGAGGUGAAUGUGCUAAGAUCAGAGCAAUUCACAGAUAGAAUAAUCAUCACUCUCCCUGCUACUGGUCAAAGUGUAGAAAUCGAUGUAUCCUUUGAAAUGGGCGAAUAUCUAGUAGCGCCGCCUCAAAGAAAAGAUGGAUACUCUUUUUUGCUUACGAUACUAUGGGGUGUUGUAGUGGUGAUUAUUUCAGUGAUCGUCUUGAUGAAAGUGAUAGAUAGACCAAUUGGUCUAGCAGGGGGGGCCACUAGGGCUGCAACAAACGGUGUAGUAGCAGGAGCACCAAGAACACCCGAAAGAAGAAGCGGUUCGGUUAUAUACCAUGAGGAAUCUCCAAGAACACCAUCACCAUUUAUGGAGUAUGUGAAGAGGACUGUGGAUGAAACUCCUUAUUACAGAAGAGAAGGAAGGAGAAGGUAUAAUCUUCAAAACACUAUGUAG